AUGGGUUUUGUGGCAAACAUGACAAGCCUUGUUCAAUACUUUCUACUUGUGAUGCACUUUGAUCUUGAAACUGCUGCAAAUACCCUCACUAACUUCAUGGGUUCUGCCUUCUUGCUCUCUCUUCUUGGUGGAUUUCUUUCUGAUACCUAUAUUAACAGAUUCACCACCUGUCUCGUUUUUGGUCUACUCGAAAUUCUCGCAUUAAUAAUGAUUACAGUCCAAGCUUACUCCCACGACCUCCUUCCGAGUCCCCUGUGCCCGAAGGACUGCGUCAAAGGCCGCAUUGCCUUUGUAUUCUACACCUCACUGUACCUACUAGCGAUCGGGUCGGGCGGGGUACGAGGGGCCCUACCGGCGCUCGGGGCGGAUCAGUUCGACCAAAAGGAUCCAAAGGAGGCCAAGGCUUUAGGCACAUUUUUCAACUAUAUGUUGCUUAGUGUUGUGAUUGGAGCUGCUGUGGGAGUGACUUUGAUUGUUUGGGUUGCUGUGAAUAAGGCUUGGUAUUGGGGCUUCUUCAUUUCAGCUUUGGCUGCUACUAUUGGGUUCAUUGUGUUUGCCAUUGGAAAGCCCUAUUAUCGCAUUCAACUGCCUGGUCGAAGCCCAAUUUUGAGGGUUAUUCAGGUUAUUGUUGUGGCGAUUAAAAAUCGACGGCUACGAUUGCCGGACAAUCCAAAUGAAUUGUACGAGAUUAGUGACAAACAUUAUAUGGAUUCAAUUCACUCUAAAAUUCUUCACACCAAUCAGCUCAGGUUUCUUGACAAAGCUGCAAUUAUCCCAAAGGACAUAGAAGCAGAAGAAUGGAAAGUUUGCAGUGUGACUCAAGUAGAAGAAGUGAAGAUUAUAACAAGAAUGGUGCCCAUCUUCAUUAGCACCAUAAUCAUGAACACUUGUUUAGCACAACUUCAAACAUUCUCAGUUGAACAAGGCAACACAAGAAUCAUGGACAAAAGCCUUGGCCAUUUUCAAUUCCCAGCUCCAUCGAUCCCUGUUAUUCCAUUGGUCUUCAUGGCCUUCCUCAUCCCCCUCUACGAGUUCGUCUUCGUCCCCUUCGCUCGCAAAAUCACCCACCACCCCUCGGGCAUCACUCAGCUCCAACGAGUCGGGGUCGGCCUGGUUCUCUCGGCGAUAUCGAUGACGGUGGCAGGGCUCGUGGAGGUGAAGAGACGACAUCAAGCGACAGAGCACCCAAACGAGCCGAUAAGUUUGUUUUGGCUAUCCUUUCAAUAUAGUAUAUUUGGAAUAGCAGACAUGUUCACCCUUGUGGGGCUGCUUGAGUUUUUCUACAAGGAAGCCCCCGUAGGGAUGAGGUCCCUUUCAACUUCCUUCACAUUUCUCUCCCUUGCUCUUGGCUAUUACUUGAGCAGCAUCUUUGUCAAUGUUGUCAACAAAGUCACUAAAAAGAUAGCACCAAGCAAGAAGGGAUGGGUUGAAGGCCUUAUUCCUGAGGAUUUGAACUACAACAACCUCAAUCUAUUUUAUUGGUUUUUGGCCAUUCUUAGUAUUUUGAACUUUUUUCAUUACUUGUAUUGGGCAUCCUGGUAUAAAUAUAAGACUGAGGAGCAGAUUGCGGAGUUGAAUGGAGGAGGAGAGAUGACUAAGGAACCGAUUGCAGAAUUGAAUGACGGACGAGAAAGAGAGACGACCAAAGAGCCAAUUGCGGAGUUAAACGGAGGAGAAGAAGAGACUAAGGAAUCGAUUGCGGAGUUGAAUGACAAAGGAGGAAGAGAGACCAAGGAGUCCAUUGCGGAGUUGAAUGGAGGAGGAGGUGAUGAUAUUCCUAUUCUCCAUGAGGAGGGGAGCGGAGUAGACGCCAAGGCUCAUCAUGGUGAAGAAAAAGAAGCGAAUUUGUGAAAAAAAUAGAGUUUGUUGUUGACUCUAUUGAACACAUGAAAUAGGAUCAACUUGUCCAUAGAAGCUUUUGAUAAGCUAUUAUCUAGGUUUCCAUAUGAAUUUCAUCUUAAUGUUGAUAGUUUUCUUAUAUAAUAUGUCAUAUUUUCUUUGGGUGUCAUAAAAAGUAAGUUAAUUUUUUUCUAAAAGAAUGUGUCACAUAAUAUUAUAUUGUUGUUGAGGGGUUAAUUAAGAGGAAGGGAAGUGAUCUGUUAGGGAUGUUUAGAAGGUUGGCCUUGGAGGAAGUGAUCUAGGGAAUCUAUUGAGCUUAUUUGGUUGGCUGAAAUUUAAAAUCACUUUAUCCCCAAA